UUUGGGGAAUGUUUGGGAAUGGUUUUUGGGUUGCUCAGAGCUGUCGGCGGUGGGCAGCCGGGCACUGGAAUUUUUUGGGAUGUGGAAUUUUUGGGAAUGUUUGGGAAUGUUUUUCGGGAUCAGAGCUGUCGGCGGCGGGCAGCCGGGCGGUGGACGCGGAGCUGGAGGCGGCGCUGCGCGGAGUGGGACGGAUGAAAUCCCUGCUGGAAAACAGCGGGAAACAACGGCGGGAGCUGCUGGGAGAGCUGGAACGGACACGGAGCGAGAAAGAGGAAGCGCUGCGCGUGGCGCGGCAGAAGGAGCAGGAGCUGGAGCUGCGGGGCGAGCGCUGCGGGCCGGAGGCGCGGGAGCUCUGGGAGCGCUGCAAGCCCUGCCUGAGGCAGCGCUGCCUCCGCCUGUACGCGCGAACCUGCCACAGCGGGGCCGGGAUGCUGGGCCGCCAGCUGGAGGAAUUCCUGAACAAUUCGUCUCCGGUGUCGGUGUGGUCGGAGGGCGAGCGGCUGGAAUCGCUGCUGGAGCGGGAUCAGCGCCAGGAGCGGCAGCUGGAGGAGCUGGAGGAGCGCUUCGGAAUUCUGGAGGACGGAAUGGACGAGAUUUUCCGGGAGAGCUCCCAGGUCCAGGGGUGGCUCCAUCCCUUUUUCCAGGCUCCCUUCGGAGGAUUCCGGGAGGAGCCGGCGGAGCGCCGGCGCUUCCGCCGCUUUUCCGGGGAGCUCUUCCCGCUUUUCCGGCAGCCCCCGCACGGAUUCCAGGAGCUCUUCCAGCCGCUCUUCCAGUUCAGCCAGCGCAUGCUGGAAAACGCCCGCGGGAACUGGGACGAUCCCUCGGGAAUAUUCGGGACAGAAUCCCGGAAUUUCAGCAACGACCGGAUGGUUUGCCGGGAGAUCCGUCGGAACUCGGCCGGGUGCCUGCGGAUGCGGGAUGAGUGCGAGGAGUGCCGGGAGAUCCUGGCCCUCGACUGCGGGCAGGAGGACCCGUCCCAGCAGGAGCUGCGGCAGCAGCUGGAGGACGCCGUGCGCGUGGCCGAGCGCUUCACGCGCCGCUACGAUUCCCUGCUCCGGGAAUUCCAGCAGGAGAUGCUCAACACCUCCGGCCUCCUGGAGCGGCUGAACCGCCAGUUCGGCUGGGUGUCCCGCCUGGCCAACCAUUCCAUGGGAUCCGACGGCUUCCUGCAGGUUACCACGGUGCUUUCCAAGGCUCCCAAUCCCGAGGAUCCGUCGGCGCCGCCGGACACGCAGGUGACGGUGCAGCUCUUCGACUCGGAGCCGCUGGAGCUGAGCGUGCCCGGGGAGAUCCCGUGGGAUGAUCCCAGGUUCAUGGAGACGGUGGCCGAGCAGGCGCUCCAGCGCUUCAAGGAGAACGCCGUAGAGUAGCCGGGCGAUGCCGCCGCCCCUCCGGAUCCCCCUUCCAGGGGGGAAUUGUCACCGCGCCCUUCCCGACCCUUCCCGCUGCUGCCGGGAGCCGCCGGGGCCCCGGACGGGAAAUAAAGGUAGAGUCGAAGCCGCUGAA